AUUUGGUCAUGAAGACGUGUUUAGUUGUUGCAAUUUUGCUAGUUGUAUUUGUGGCUACUAUGUAUUGUGAUACUGGCAGUACCGUCCACAAUGUUCGGAAACGACAAAUAGUUAAACCAGUCACGAUUCAUGUGAAACCUCCCCCUGGAUGCGUGUUUUACGAAUGUAUUGCCAACUGCAAGCAACGAGGAUACAAAAAUGGCGGAUACUGCACCAUCAACGGAUGUCAAUGUUUGCGAUAGUCAAGCAAAUUGAAAUUAAGAAAAUUUAAUUUUAAAAGUAAUUUCGCUUAUAUUUAUCAAAACCGAUAUGUCAACCUUCAAGUAAAGAGCGUACUCAUUCUUUAAAGGCCGGCAACACACCUGCAAGCCCUCGGGCGUUGCAGAUGUCCAUGAGCGGUGGUAGUCAUUUUUCAUCAAGUGACCUUCCUGCUCGUUUGCCCCUUCUUACAGAAAAUUAAAAUAAAAUAAAAAAUAAAUACUUAUAUUCUAUUAUAACGAUUUUUGUCAAAUUCUAUGUAAAAAAAAUGGCUCAAAAAUGCCUGUAUGUUAGCUUCAAAUAUAACUGAACAAUGUCCAAUACUGAAAACAAUGCAACAAAUCACAAAAAUCUGUUCACAAGCAAAAGGUUAAAUACGAACAUGAAUUAAUAAACCAUCGGUGUUUUUUAAAUGACGUUAUUUAUAUGACAUUGAAAUGUAUCAA